AUGUUGUGUUCUUUCAAUGGAUUAACCAGACAUUCAACGCAGUGGUUAAACUACACAAACCGCAGUGGGCCUAAUCCGGUGGAGCAAUGGGCAGCAGCUCUUGGGGCUAACCGAGUGUUAGCAAAAAUGAAGAAUGUGCCAAGACUCGUCGGGGCGCUGGUUCCAUUCUUAGCUGUAGCUGCUGCAAACGCCAUAAAUAUCCCAAUGAUGAGAAGCAAGGUUUGUCGUUGGAAUCCUGGUCGGAGCGAUAAAAAUGGCGAAGUACUAGGAUCGUCACUCAACGUACCUUAUAGAGCCAUUCCACAAGUAACGAUCAGUCGAAUUAUCAUGGCCACUCCAGGAAUGGUGCUCGUUCCAAUAAUUUUCCAAAGAUGCAUGAAAAUGCGAUCGUAUAAGGUGAAAUAUCUUGAGCCGGAACUGCAGAAGAAGAUUGCCGCGCUUAAAAAUCCUCCAGAAAUCGUCUAUUACAACAAAGGCUUGUGA